GAUGGUUUGGUUUGAUGAAGCCUUUCAGGUCUUCACAAGAUAGCUGACAUUUAAAGCAUUCUGCUUCAGUAUUCAAUGGAAAGUCGCGCUCCUAAUACACUAAAUGAAAAGUGUAGGGAAGCUCCCAGGAAUGUGGAUAAGAGAUUAUUGUAACACCGGAAGUUGAGCGGAGAUACCUUCUGCACAGGCUGGUGUGGAGUUGAUGCUCUGGAGUUCUGAUGGCGAGAGCACGCUGCCUGCCUGAGAGAGUCGGUAAACACAAACGCCAGCUUACUUCUGCGAUGAGGAAAGUCUUCUUGUUCUUCCCCUCCUGAGAACUGAUUUUCCAUUUACUUGGGCAAGGAUGAACAGAAGGCUGAGAAGAGCCAGGAAAGGACAGAUGAUUCGAAGAGAUUUGAGUGCUGACAGGGACAGCAGAGAUAAAAGGGAACAGGCUCAAGCCCUUGCGAACCUUCCCAUUCAGCCCCAGGGGCCUCCAGGGACCACUCAUCCUUCAAUUGGUCCCAACUCAAGCACUGGAUUACCUUCCACUGAACGCCAGGGAGCCAUAUGGAAAGACACACUGGGUCCUGCUCUAGCCCUGAGAAGAAAAGGUCACGGUGGAGGCAGGACCUGAUGGAGCCUGGCUGUUCUCAUCAUCAACAGUUACCUCCCCGGGAAGUUGUGCUUCAAUAUUCAGCUCUGAAAGUAGACGCUGCUUCACUCCCCAGAGAGCCUGUCUGGUGAGGAGCUGGAGGCCUAGAGUGGCACCUCUUCCCUGGUCUGGAAUAAUUAGAACAAUGGCUCUCUUUUCAGGCAGGUAACCCCCAAAGGAGCAGAGACAGGAAGGGCUCUCAUCCUCCCCUUCGGUGGGUCUGAGAACAAACUGGUUCUCUGAGGUGGUCUGGACUAAGUUUGGUCAGGGGAGGGAGAGCUUUUCUUGCAAGAAAUGUGGCUUGUAGGGCAAAGCCUUUCUAAGACGAGGGAAGCAACAGUGACCCACGGGCCUGUGAGGAGACUUCGAGCCGCGCUGGCGGACAUGGUGUUUACAGCUGUGUUUGGGCAUGGGUAGGCGGUGGCUCUGCCUUGGGCUUGUCCUGCCACUGGCACCCCAGGCCUCUACUUCACUCUAGUGUUGGUCUUAGUGGAAUGUCCUGAUUUACUUUUCUUAGAAAUGGCUCAAGUUCCUUCUUACUAAGGGAAGAUACAGUUCGAUUAUUAAAAUAGUCAAAUGUAUCGCUUAUCAACGGGGUUGGAAGUCUCUUAGUAGUAGGGCAUUUGGAAAAGAUGACAUUGUACUUUCAUUCUAGCUAGCUAAAAGUAGAAAAAAAAGUCAUAGUUUCUUGGACAUUAGCACUUCAGAAACUGGGAUUCAGGCACACACACACACACACACACACACACACACACACGAUCUCUCACACAUAUACCAAUACACAAAUAUACACUCCAACACAUACACACAGACAGAUAUACACACACCAAUAUGUACACACACAUAAACACACACCUACAGACACAUAAACAUAUCACACACACACCAACACAUAUACACAUCAACACAUACACAGACAUGCACCAACACACGCACACGCACACACACACACACACACACCCAACACACAUAUAUACACACCAACACAUACAGACCAACAGGCACUCACACAAAGACAACACACUCACCAACACACACAUGCAUACACAGACACACAUGGACAGAUAGUCCACCUCCCCCAUACCAAAACACAGACAGGCCCCAGAGCACAUUCAUGAACUUUUUCAUGAUUACAGUGACUCCUGUAACUAGGCAAUGUCUCACUCAUUCAUUGGCUGUUUUGAGCAUCCCAGCUCCUCACUGGGAACUGAAAUACAGCAAGAACUCGGAAGGUGUCUGCCUCCACAGGCGCCCGACAAACACAGUAACAGGCAACGCAUGGAAGUCCUUCGUUUCCCUGCAGCACAUUUUAACUGGUUUCUGAUUCCCUUCCUUUUCUGUUUUGCCAUCUUCUGGGUUUGGAGAACGCAGCUGUCUCAGAACAGUCACAGCACGAAGAAGCUGAUGUCUCCCCCGUCAUGAGGGCUAGUCUGUGGAUCCUGUCUGUGGCUGUGCCAGGAACCAUCUGGGAGCCUUCUGCGCAUGAGCAUUCCAGGCUGCCUGUCUAAUGUCCACAGAUGCAGAAGUCUUGGCUACUUCUCCAGCACCAUGUCUGCCUGUGUGCCAACAUGCCCCCUGCCAUGAUGAUAAGGGACUAACUUCUGAAACUGUUUUCGUAUAGUGAGAGAGAAAGGAGAGAAAGUCUCUGGAGAAACUGGAAACUGAUCCAGGAGAGGGAACACAGAGAGACUCUUCUCUCAUUGGCCACUUCUCCAUUAGCUUGGCCUGCAGGAGUACCGCAUCCCUUUCUAACGAUCAGCUGCGGUGGCAGGUAUGGGUGUUUUGCCUGCAUGUAUGUCUGUGUACCACAUGCAUGUUUGGUGCCCUCAGAGGCCAGAAGAAGGCAUCAGAUCCCUCUAAAACCAGAGUUACGGGUGGUUGUUAGUUACCAGGAAUAGCUUCCUAUUUGCUUACGGGACAGAGAGAAUCACGGUCAGCCCUGAUAGUUCCUUCUGCAAAGAAGAAUUUGCUUCCUGGUGAUUGAGCUUCCCUCGCCUGAGCUGCUGGGCAGGGAUGCUCAGAUGCCAGUGACUAAUUAAGAUUCUGGACUCCAGGCUGUGCUCAUCUGACUGUAAGCCCCGAGGCUACCUAGUUUCCUUGGGGCUCGGACCUGAGUCAGAAGCAACAAGGCAUUGGGAAAUAUCCUUCAUUCCUUCUGACCUUCCUGUAGAAACUUCCAGCAACUUCCCUGAAAAUGAAGGAUGUUAGGUUUGCAACAGGAAGAGUCAGAAUCGGAAUCCCAGUUCCCACACUCUCCCUGUGGCCUUGGAAGGUUCCGUCUCCUCUUCUGACCUCUCACUGGAUAUUGAGGUCCAUUUAAACAUAAAAUGAAAUAGAGACUCAACUUACUUUAUGACUGCCAAUCAAGAAACCCCAUCUUCCCUGAAUAAGAUAUAAAUGACUGAUACAUCUUUACUCUGGUAAAAAGCUCUCACUCCUGGAAAAGUGGGUCUUAUUUGGAGCAAUUUAGAAGGUGGUGGCUGAAUUGAUAAACCCUAAGAACAGGGCCUCACGUGGGCUAUCUUUGGUUCCUGCUAGCUGGAUCAUUACAGUUUCCCUGAUUGCCAUUUUUUUCUCCCCCGCAUUUGAGCCUUCUGCUUUUCCUUUAAAAUUUGUUCUUUUAAAGAAUUUUGUAAUUUUAUCUAUGUGUGUGUGGGCAUGUGUGCAUGCAUUCAUAUGUGUGUGGGUGUCCAUGGAGGCCAGAAGAGGAUGCUGGAACCCCUGGUGCUGUAGUCACAGGUAAGAUUGUGAGCCACUGAUGUGGGUGCUGGGAACUGACUUAGUACCUCUGCAAGAGCAGCAAGCAUGCUUAACCACUAAGGCAUUUCUCCAGCCCUGCUUCUGCUUUUUAAAAUGUGGCUGUUAUUUUAAUAUUUUCUCCUUUUAACUUCAGAUAGCCAAAGUCCAUUUCUGUUGCCUACAACAUAGCUACCCCGAGUGGCCUAGGCUGUCUCCAGCUUCCCUUCCUAGUCUUUUGAAUAUGCUGCUAGUCAGUAGAUGUGGUGGUUUGAAUGAGAAUGUCCCUGUCUAGGCCAAUGUUCUAUUGCUGAGAAGAGACACCAUGAUACAGCAACUCUUGUAAAAGAAAGCGUUUCAUUGGUGAUUGCCUACCUUUUUAGAGGUUCAGUGCGUUGUCAUAAUGGUGGGGAGCAAGCAUGGCAGUAUGCAGGCAGACAUGGUGCUAGAGAAGCUGAGAGCUCUACAUCUGGAUCCAGAGGCAGCAGGGAGAACCACUAGACCAAGUCUGGGCUUUGAAACCUCAAAGCCUACACACAGUGACACACUUCAUCCUACAAGGCCACACCUCCUAGUCAUGCUCAAGCAUUCCACUCCCUGAUGACCAGGCAUUCAAAUCUAUGAGCCUGUUGGGGCCAUUCUUAGGCAGUUCAUCACAGUCCCCCCCCCCCCCCCAUGGGCUCAGAUGUUUAAAUAUUUGGUCCCUCAUUGAUGGCACUGUUUGAUUAGGUUUAGGAAGUAUGUCACUGGGGGUGGGCUCUGAGGUUCUGAAGCUCUCUCUGCUUCAUACUUAUGGUUGGAACUGUGAACUCUCUGUUGUUCCUGCUACCACGACUGCUACCUGCCGCCAUGAUUUCCUGUCAUGAGGACGCUCAUCCACCAGGAACUGUAAGCCCAAAUGUACUCUUUGUUCUGUAGACUUCCUUGGCCAUGUUUUAUCGUGACAACAGAAAAGUAACUAAUACUCAGACAAAUACUGAAUGCUCUUAAGAGUAGAGUCUGAUGUACUUUUCUUAUGAGCAGACCAUGUUUUUUCACUACCUGAGUCAUAGAUUGAGAUUUCAAAAAUCAGUGGGGUUUCUCUAUGACUCAAUUUCCCCUUUUCACCUAUGACUCCCCAGAAGGUUUUACUCCAGAGACUGCUAUGAAGAUCCACAGUCAAUAACAAUUCCCUCAGAUUCUUGACAAUGAAGAUAUAGUCUGAUUUAAAAAAAAAAGUGAAUUACACAGCUGUGGCCAGUGGGUGUGUGAAGUAUGUAGCUGUCUCCCUCUGUUCAUUUCUGUGACAGUGAUGUAAAUAUUUUCAUUUUUCUCUAUCCUUCUUUAUUUCUUUUGCAUGGCUUUAUGUAUACCUUUUUAUUUUUACUAUUUUGGCAUUCACUAAUUUUCCUGCCAGCUUUGUCCCUUCCUCCUUCCUUAGAACACUUCACUGUUUGCUUCUGAAGUCUGCUAAUUAAACCAUCCUCCUGUUUUCUUGUGAAUCCUGGGGAGAGAGGCAUUUUUUUUUUCUCCCAAGGGAAACUGAAAACAAGACAGAAGUCUUAAGUAGCUGCUAUGUAAACAUGAUAAGACUAACAGAACAGACUUCAUUGGCCUUUGUAGGAGAUGAAAGCAGAAAGAAGCCAUGUAUGCCUGCCCAGGCCCUGGCCUUGUAGACUCCUCUUUAUCAACCCUAGCACAGGGUGAGGAAAAGGAGGAUUUCCCUCCCGGAAAGGAAGUUCUCCAAUGGAACACUGGGGCAAACACUUGCUCUUACAGGCCUAGAGGACCCAAGGAGGAAUGGGGAAAGCCCUGAAAAGAUUUGUGCUUAAAAGGAGAGUCUGCAAGUGAUUCUCAAGAACUUUAUUAUCUCAUUGGAUAAAGCAUGUCCCCAGCUCGACAAUAAGUACUAGCAGUAGCAUGGGGCAAGGAAAUCUGCCCUUCUGACUGUGGGGAUCAAGAUAUGAGCUCUCAGCUGUUCCUGUCACCAGGCCUUGGACCCACCAUCAUGGGCUCUAACCCUCUGAAACUGAUAUCAUAUUUGCUUGGGAAGCACUUUUACUACUGAACCCAUCUCACUAGCCCAAUGAUCUAAACCACACAGUUUGGAAGCUCUCGGGAUUGGAUUUCCUGUGAAAACCUAUGGAUGACAUACUGGUUAUUUCCUGCAAGGAAAACGAAACAUAAACUCCUUGUUAGUGAGAGUAGGCUUUGGGGUAGCAUCUCAAGCGGAGCACGCUCUUUCCUCUGCACAUCGUUUUGACCACCUGAAGAAGCCGUUUGCUCUGAGCUGGGGCGGGAGGAGCAAGAGGCUGCUACCUCCCCCUUUUUCCUCUCCACAGCUGCAAAGUUCAGAGAGUUGAACUGCAGUGCUUCGAGUUCACUGCUCGCCCCGCCACAGUCAACCUCUGUUGUAAAUUUUCCUCCCGGAACACGUGACGAUGCAUUUCUUGACUAUAUAUCCCAAGGACAGCAGCGGGGCUGUCAGAGCGCAGAGCCAGACACAGAAGAAAAACGUCCUCCGAUUCAGCCAUUUAGGAGUUCCACACUUGGGACGAACUGUCAGCUUUCGACCCCGGCUGUGUGAGCGGCAUCUCAAUGCUGAGGAUGGAGCCUCUGAACAGUACACACCCCAGCGCUGCAGCCUCCAGCAGCCCCCUCGAGUCCCAUGUGCCUAGUAACAGCAGUGGUAAUGGCAAUGAAUACUUCUAUAUUCUGGUCGUGAUGUCCUUCUAUGGCAUUUUCCUGAUCGGAAUCAUGCUGGGCUACAUGAAAUCCAAGAGACGGGAGAAGAAGUCUAGCCUCCUGCUGCUGUACAAAGAUGAGGAGAGGCUGUGGGGGGAGGCUAUGAAGCCGCUGCCCAUGAUGUCGGGCCUGAGGUCAGCACAGGUGCCCAUGAUGCUGAAUAUGCUGCAAGAAAGUGUGGCGCCUGCACUGUCGUGCACCCUCUGCUCAAUGGAAGGGGACAGUGUGAGCUCUGAGUCCUCUUCCCCAGAUGUGCACCUCACUAUCCAGGAGGAAGGAGCUGACGACGAGCUGGAGGAGACCUCUGAGACACCGCUCAAUGAAAGCAGUGAAGGGUCUUCAGAAAACAUUCAUCAGAAUUCCUAGCACCCCCAGGCCUCUGGAGGUGGCUCCGUAAGCCACGCUUGACAGAGGAAAGGCUAUGUGAAGUGCCUGGUUUCACUUUUGCUCUGCAGCUGCCACUUUGAACAGACUGUGGGCAAGCCCCCAAAAUGGGGGAGGGAGAGACAAGGCUCAACUGGAGUCCUGGAGGUUCCUGUGGUUCGGACCCAUCACUGCAUGACCAUUUACUCUGGGGUCUGGGUGUUGGGGUCCCUGUUCAGCAUCUGGCUGGAUAAUGUGUUGUUUUUCACUGGAUGCCCUGGGUAACUUCUACAGCAUCUGUCUGUGCCCAGGGCUGACAACUGCCCAGGGCAGGCUGAAGGACUCCUUUUGAUUUGCUUAAUUUGCCUAGAGCUUUGUUCUUCUAGAUCUGAUUGGCUGUAAGUAUCUUUAUUGUGCGCCUGUGGCAUUUGGUCACAGAGAAUUACACGUGUCUUUUGGAGGUCUUUUGGAUUAGGAGGGGGAAUGCUUGAUGGGGAAUUUUUGAUAUGGAGAAAGCUGGAGGAAGAACCCAGACUGUUUGCACAAUGCGAGGAGAAAAAGCAGUGUGUACAUAUGUCCACAUUAGCUGGGGCUAUAAGCUAUGACCUAGUUUGAGCUUCUGUCUCACCUGUGAGCUUCAACUCUGACUUGUGACGGUACAGCAUUGCAGGUGAGCAUGGCUUUCUCUGUCAGUGAGCUUCCUCAGACUCAAAGCCUAUGUUCAGGAUGACUCUUCAGGGUGGUUCUCCUGACCUUUACAGAUUGGGUAAUGGUAGGGGUUACCCAAGGCCAAAUCAUCGAUGGUUCUGCUGUGGCUCUUUUUCCCAGCCUGGUUUUCCGAGGCCAGAGAGGACACAUGUGGGCCUCAUCAUGUGGGGUUUUGUCACAUAGCUGAGACCUAGAAGGGCAUAUUCAGGAGAGAUUGAACAGGGCUGGGGUCCAAACACUGUGCUUCCUGAUCUGAGCCCUGACGAUCAUUUACUGUGUGGUCCUGGGCAUGUCAUCAUAAGGUUCAUUGCCCUCAUGAGGCUCCUGAGGCUGUGCAGCCUCAGGGGGCUGGGAGGACAUCUUUAGACUUUGUUCUGUGUGAUCAACCCUCCACAGCCUGGUGUGAGGAAGUUUGGACCAAGUAUUUCCCCUUUGGCUACUUGGUCUGGAGAAGGAUGUGUUGACUUAAAGGCGUAGUUGGAGACUAGAUAGUGUGACUGGGGAAUUUGGGGCUGAUCAGCAGCCUCCUUACUGUAGCUUUCCCAGGAUGGGACCGAGGAGGGAGAUAGCAUAGCUUCCUCUGCAGAAUUCCUUGGAUGGGAGGAUGUUAGCACUCCCGGCUGGGGGAAAGAGAAGGCUAAAAGGAGGUUCUCAGGACCGCCUGCCAGUGUUCUGUGUGGCCAGAGCAGGCUCUUUUGCCCACUGCAGACCUUUAGAAGGAAGCAGAAAACCCCCAAAAGGCCAAGUUUGACUCUAGGGAAAAACCUUUUUAAUUUUUAUUUAUCCUAACUCUCCCUAGAUUGGAGACAAAGCAGUUACUACUGUCCCCAUGAGGGACUCACAGUAUAGGAGCUGGUUUUUCAAUCAGUUUUUGACACAGAGGUAGAGGUAAUUUAUGUCGGAGGGGGAAAGGGGCCUUCUGUUCACUUUAAGAUUCAGAGUGUGGAUCAACUCCAAAGGGGGCCGUUGAAGUUGAAAGAAGCCAAGUUAAGUUUGGCCUCUUGCCUGGAAUCACUUGAAUUCUGAAACUUUACUGCGACAGACAUGUGCAUGGUCACAUUUUCCAUUGCUUAAUCCUGGUUUGGUGCAAGUCUGUCUGCGCCUGUUACAAAGUGAUGUAUAUACUUCCUUUCAGUACAUUGAGUUGUAGACAAUUGUCUUUUGUAUUUAAUGGUUUGUAAUUUUCACAAUAUUUUUUAAUUUAAAUAAACACAUUUUCCC